GGCGGGCGGCCACCGGGGAGCACUCGGCUCGGGCGCCCCUCUGCCCCUCGGAGCGACCGCCUUCCUCCCGACGGCGCGGAGCGGCGGGAGCGCGGGAGGACCGGGGGGGUUGUUAACUGCACGCCCGAGCCCGUGCGCCCGCGACCUGGGCUCCUCCGUGGGAGUGUGCGUGUGCGUGUGCGCGGGCCGGCUGUGGGGUGCUCCGUGCGUGUGCGGCGUGUGCGGCGUGCGUGGCUGUGCGGAAGCCCGGGAGGGUCCGCGCCUUCGGGAGUGCGGGCCUGUGGCUGCGGGUGAGCAAGAGCGGCCUGGCCCGUGCUGUUGGUGGUGGUGGUGUGUGUGUGUGCGCGCGUGUGUGGUGGGUGUGGUGCGGACCGAAGGCAGUCGCAUGAGUGUGAGUACCAGGCAAGAAUGUGUCUGACUGCGCUCCCUGUGAAAGUCUUCUGGAAGCUGCGGCCCUCAGUGCACAGUGGGUUCUUUGGGGAGCCAGAUGCCUUCCCUAUGUUCGCCACCAACAACCGAGUGAAGAGGAGACCCUCCCCUUAUGAGAUGGAGAUUACUGAUGGUCCCCACACCAAAGUAGUGCGACGCAUCUUCACCAACAGCCGAGAGCGAUGGCGGCAGCAGAACGUGAAUGGGGCCUUCGCUGAGCUCCGCAAGCUGAUCCCCACGCAUCCCCCGGACAAGAAGCUCAGCAAGAACGAGAUCCUCCGCUUGGCCAUGAAGUACAUCAACUUCCUGGCCAAGCUGCUCAAUGACCAGGAGGAGGAGGGUACCCAGCGGGCCAAGCCUGGCAAGGACCCUGUGGUGGGGGCUGGUGGAGGAGGCAGUGGGGGAGGGGGCGGUGCACCUCCCGACGACCUCCUGCAGGACGUGCUCUCCCCCAACUCCAGCUGCGGCAGCUCGCUGGAUGGGGCGGCCAGCCCGGACAGCUACACAGAGGAGCCGGCCCCCAAGCACCCGGCCCGCAGCCUCCAUCCCGCCAUGCUGCCCGCCGCUGAUGGCGCAGGUCCCCGGUGAUGGGGCCGGGGCCACUCAGGACCAGCCGGGAGGGCACACUCAGGCCACUGGGACCGUGGGCUUCAGGGCAGGUGGGGUGAGGAUCGGGCAGCUCUGGAGCUGGGCAGUGGACUCGAUGAGCUGUCCUUGAUGUCUGAACUUUGCGGAGCCCUGACUGCCCCUGGGGCGGCUUUCCUGUUUCCUGCCUCAGUGGGAGAACAGAAAAAUGAAGCAAAGUGGUAGGUACUUUUUAUGAAGACGGCACGGUCUUCCCCCUCCCCCAGUCCCUAAGACUUCUCCAGUAAGAAGCUUGACUGGCAUUGCUUUUGGCCUGGAGCUUGGGGGCCCUGUCUUUGCUGAGACCUGGGGUGGUCAGCUCUCCCCUGGGGCAUCCAGCAGCCUCUGCCUUGCCUUUAGCCCCUCCCAAGCUGGCUGGUGUGGCUUGUGUGGCCACUCUGUCCAAAUACGUAGGUACCCAGUAGCCGCCCAUUUCUGGGUGAGCCCCCAUCUUCACCCAGGCCCGUGUUGGUCCACCCAGCUGGCCAGCUGCUGCAGUCACAAGCCUCGAGGUGCCUUCUACAGGGCCUGGUUGAAGAAGAUGGCCAGUGGACAGCCUGCUCUCGACUAGCUGGGCCAGAGGGUCAGAAAACCCAGGAGCCCUUACUGCUUGGCCCGGGCACCAAAGCUCUGCUUUCUCCCCACGGAGACUUGCCUUCCUGAUCCUUGUGGGGACUGAGUCUGUAGCUGGGAGCCUGCCCUGUCAGGCAUCUCAUGUGAGGGCAGAGAGAGGGAAAAUGAUGAGAGAGAAAGGGAGCCAGAGCUCUCUGGGGCUGUGGGUUCAAAUCCUGGCAGUGUCUCAGAGCCGCUUGCCUGUAUUCUCGGCCCCCCGUCACUGUUCAUGCUGUGUGCCGCUGGGUGUGGGCCGCUGCUGAGCAUGGACGUGCAGCCUCGUCGUGUGUCCUCCCCGAAGCUCAGGGGGACCUUCCCUCUCCAAGGUGUCUGUUUGCUGACGGUCUGGUCUGCACCCAACUGAGCACAAACCCUGUCCUAUGAAUUCCUGGCAUUUGGGAUUUUUGCUUGACUUCAGUUGCUUGACCCAGGCUCCAGCCCCAGAGACCAGGCCCUGGCUGAGACCCAGACAAAUGCACGUUCACUCAGCAGAAUCUCCGACACGCCUUGAUCAUACACCUUUUGGUCAUCUGGGGUGUGUAUGGGAGGCAGGCUUACUGCAAAGGAGCGCCCCCCCUCCCAUAGUUGUACAUGAAAUUUUUGUAAAUCAAGUCCUUAUCCUUCAUCUUUUAAAGAAAUACUACCGCAAGUCCUUUUGUAAAGUGAAGAAUUUUUUGUAGAGUGGUCCACUGCCCCUUGUUGAUCUCUUGUGCCAAUCCAGAUGGUGGGACAUGGUUUUCCUAAGUCCAGGCCUGCCUGUGACCUGCGUUCCAAGCCCAUGGAACAAACUCCACACAAGUUCUAGAGACGUGUCAUUGUACUCUCAAGUCACCACAGCCACCUCCCACCAGGCGCGGCCUUUGAGGUUAGAGGGAAAACGGUCCCUCCCAGGGAAAGGCCUUGGGCACAGUCCUGUGCAGACAGGGUGUGAACCCGGCUCCCGCCCCUCCCUCUUAAGUUGGGGGGUCCAGUUUGUGAGUAGGGGAGCAACAUGGUAAUCCUUUAGCACUCAGACUGUCUGUCCAUUUCAGACCCCCAACAUCAUAUUUUGCUGAACAUUAGGAUUGGUUUCUUUCCAAUACUUGGAAGCUCCGGUGAGGAGCCCCAUCUGUCUAAAGAUGGAGCAUCUGUCCUUGGUCCUAAGGCUGCGUUUGCUUCCUGGUGGAUUAGUUUGACUUGGGAGUGAACGGAGGCCACAGUACGGAUGGGUGAAUGGAUGAAGAGGUUUUAGGAGAUGGAUCACAGGUUCUAUCAGGAAGUCACGCUUCUGGCUUCCUCUUCUCUCAGACGUGCAGAAUGACGUGGAUAAGUUACCUCUCUCAAUGUCAGUUUCUCAUAAAUACGCUGGCUUGGUCUGUCUGCUGGGGCUGUGGUGUAGACCAAGUGGAAUCAUGCAAGUAGAAGCGUUCCGGGACCAGAAAGAGCUCUUUGGCCCUCAGUAUCAUUCCUGCAGUGGGGUUUCCCAUCCUGAGUCCAGGGCCGCAGCAGUGGGCCAGUCUGCCUGACUGUGCAGCUUUGGGCAAUUUAGGUUCCAAACUACUUUUGCCUGACUUCUCCUGAUCGUCCUCAUUUCUCCAGAUUGACCUCAUUUGUGUCUCCUUCCAAGGGGAGGCACGAGAGUGAGAAUGGAAAAAAGAUACGGGCAGAACAUAUAAGACAUAAUACAGCUUCCCCCAGUGGGCCUGGGUAGGGAUGGGCAAAGCUUCAUGUCUUUGUAAGACCGAUAGAAGACCCAAAAUUUUAAUUUUCAUUUGCACCCCGCUCACCCCGCCCACCAUACCCUCCUCCUUCCUCUGCCUCGUCACCUAUGAAGAAAUGGCAACAUUCCAAGAAUAAUAUCUGUGCAAAGGGAAAAGAUGUAAAGGGGGAAGAAAGCAAGGAGAACAGAGAUGAUCGUAAGGACUGGAGGGAUUCGCAUCUUUUCGGGAAAAUUCAUAGGCUUUCGUUGGUGGUGGCAAAUGACAAGAUGGUACAACCUUUCUCCUUUUCCGAAAACAGAACAAAGGGCACAGCGUCUGUAGUCCGCCGACAACUAUCUCGGCCCUUGGGGGUGGUCUGGUCGUACUUGUGAUUGCGAUGGUACAUGGCCCCCCACCGAAGGCUCGCCCCUGCCCGUGUACAUAGCGCGUUGUUCCUGUGGGCGGGCCCAGCACUUUCCGUCAAUGUCGUACUGUACGUGAUGCGUUGCGUUGGUCUCUGCGUUUUUCUGCAGAAGAGGAGUAACCGCUCCAGGUACCUUGACCUUUGUACAGCCUGGAGGCCAACACUGUGGGCGUGACUCUUUAGCGACACAACCCUUGUGGUGAUGAUGUGUGUAUAUAUAUAUAAGGAUAUAUUGGGAAGAUUUCUAAAUAAAAGUUUUACAGAGGG